AUUCAUAUUGGGAGUUCCACAAGUGGUCAGUAGAUAACUACAUAGACUGUUGGGAAGAAAUAUGGCAUUAUUUUGGAGUUAUUGGAUCAAAAUCUUACGAUCAGGUUUUGGUCAAAACUGGAAAGGGCUUCUUGGAUAAUGAUUGGUUCAGUGGAGCGAGAUUCAACUAUGCCGAGAAUAUUCUCCGAAUAAGAGACAGUAGAGUCGCUCUUGUGUGUGCUGAUGAAGAUGGAAAUGAAGAAACAGUCACUUUCGCCGAAAUGUUUGAAGAAGUGAAAUUGUAUGCUUCGGCAUUACGAAGUCUCGGCGUUAAAAAGAACGAUAGAGUUGGGUGCUUUAUGUCUAAUAGAAAGGAAGCCAUAUUUGCUAUGUUGGCAACAACAAGUAUCGGUGCUAUUUGGGGUGGUCCUCUCCCUUACUACGCAGCUAGAGCUGCUUCAAAUGUAUUGAGCACAAUGGAACCAAAAGUUCUUUUCACAGUCGAUGAACAUAGUGAUAAUGGAGUAAAAUUCUAUCCAAUAGAUAAUCUUGAAGACAUAGUCAAUAAUACCCCAUCAUUGGAAAAAGUUGUCAUUGUACACACCAAUGAUAAAACAUUGUCUCGGGACAUUUCAAACAUCAGAAACAGCUGCUUUCUGGAAGAGUUUUUGGAAUGUGGUAAGACCCCAGAUGGAACUACUCCAGAUAUUGUUUUUGAACAAUUACCCUUCAACCAUCCAAUAGUUAUCAACUUUACAUCCGGAACCACUGGACUUCCAAAGGCUCCUCUCCAUUCAGCUGGAACGUUCUUGGCUGAAUUAAGAGAUUUUGCUUUUCAUCUGAAUCUAAAAUCUGGAGAUACCAUUUAUACAUGCUACCCUGUAGGUUGGACUCUUUGGGAUACGAUGAUCCCUCCCCUUGCUCUGGGGGUGAAGCUAUACCUGCAUGCCGGAUGCCCGCAUUACACGGAGAAGGGUGCCAAUGUAUGGGACAUCUUUUCCAGGCACAAGGUCACUUUUGCUUUUAUCGUCACGUGUAUCGUUGACAGACUAGAAAAAGAAAACAUCAUGCCAAAACCUGGUACGAAUUUAGACUGCCUGAAGGUCAUAGGAAUAGGAGGAAGUCCAGUGAAAAGACAAAACUUUGAAUACUUGCGUAAAGUAAAAAGUGAUGUAUUUGUUGGAAGCAUGUACGGUGAGUUACCCUUUGUUCAUAGCAUUUAAGUAGAGUAAAAAUAU